GUUCUCAGAUGCUGGUCCGUAUAAAUACUGUAUCACCAGCCAGAUGAACUGCAAACGCUCCACAAGGAUCUAACACCACCUUGGUCAGUCGAGCCAGUCUUGUUCUUGAAUCUGAAGCUGCGUGGUUCAGCUCACUAAAAUGGACACAGGGGUGGCCCACAUUCUCCUGGUCCUUGUGGCUCUAGCAUCGGCUACACCGGACCGAUACUACCAUGCACAAAAAUCCAGCAAAGCUCCAUUCAACACCAAAGCUGCCUACAACACCAAAGCUUCAUAUGGUACAAAGUCUUAUGAUACCAAGAGUCAAGCUGUGGAAGGAUAUCCAGGUCCACCCGGCACCCCUGGUGAGCCAGGUCCCAUGGGCCCACCUGGUCCUCCUGGAGAAAAUGGUGUAGGAUAUUCUGGACCACAAGGACCACCAGGACCACCCGGACCACCAGGUUACUCUCAACCAGGAAAGCCUGGUAGCCCUGGUAGUUCCGGAAAACCUGGUUCCCCUGGUAUCCCAGGAGAACGUGGAGCUCCUGGGUCACCAGGCCAAAUGGGUCCCCGAGGUGCACCUGGAACACCGGGAACACCAGGGCCUGCUGGAAUUUCAUCUGUUGGGAAACCUGGUCCUGCUGGUAUCCCAGGACAAAUGGGAGCAAGGGGAGAGCCUGGAUUGAAAGGACAUCCUGGUAUGCAAGGUUUGCCAGGGCCCAAGGGAGAGAGAGGCUAUGGGCACCCAGGUGCUCAAGGACCACCCGGGGCAACAGGACCAAUGGGUCCAUCCGGUAUUCCUGGUAAACCUGGAGCAGGUCAACCUGGACCCACAGGCUAUCCUGGUGAACCUGGCAAACCAGGGAUGCCAGGAAGAGCUGGUGCACCAGGUCCAAUAGGUUCAACCGGACCAAAGGGUCACACUGGGGCUCCAGGUACAGGAGCACCAGGAAAAACAGGUGAGAAUGGUACACCUGGUAUGCCAGGACUCAGGGGGCCUAAAGGUCACCAGGGUCAUGCAGGUCAGCCAGGUUCACCUGGCAUGCCAGGUGUUGGUAAACCAGGAGAGCCAGGGCUGCCAGGUAACAGAGGAUCACCAGGUACCCCAGGCACAACUGGCCAGAAGGGUGAGCCUGGACCCAUUGGUUUUACCGGUCAUCCAGGUGCUUCAGGCCCCAUAGGUCCUCCAGGACCGCAAGGAGCAAGAGGAUUCCAGGGAGGCCCAGGUCCAGUCGGUCCUAAGGGUGACAUGGGAAUGAUGGGUGCACUUGGGCCUCGGGGCAGCAAAGGUGAACCAGGAGAAAUGGGAUUCACAGGAAAACCUGGUGCACCAGGGUCAGUAGGUGCUCCAGGAAUACCUGGUCCCAGUGGUCCUCAGGGUCAUAAGGGUGCUACAGGGCAGCCUGGUUCUCCAGGGCAACCUGGCGCAAAUGGUGCACCUGGACUAAAAGGGCACACUGGCUCACCAGGAGGACAAGGAAAAGCUGGUGAAAAUGGACGGCCUGGGCCGAUGGGACAUAUGGGACCUCCUGGCCCUUCAGGCCCCCCUGGACCUAAAGGCCAUCCAGGUAUUCCAGGACCUCCUGGGGCGGCUGGCAUGACAACCAAAGGAGUUUCUGGUCCCCAGGGGCCACCAGGAACACCCGGUCCCAGAGGCCAAAACGGUGUCCCAGGCCCUGUGGGUCCACCUGGUCCCCCUGGUCCCCCAGGAGAGAUAGUAUACCACCAUGAAAAAAGCAUGCCAAUCAAGUCUCAUGAGGUUGUGAUGCCACAUGAAAUGAUGAAAGCGCCCAUGUCUGCCUUCAGUGCAGUGCUUACAACGGCCUACCCUCCAGCUGGCACGCCGAUACAAUUCAAUCAUAUCCUAUACAAUGGAGAGCACCACUAUGACCCAAAUAGUGGCGUUUUCACCUGUGAGGUCCCUGGCCUCUACUACUUCAGCUACCACAUCCAUGUCAAUGGUGCAAAUGCUCUGGUGGCCCUAUAUAAGAAUGAGGAUCCAGUACUUUUCAGCUAUGAUGAGUACAACAAGGGCUUCCUGGACCAGAUGUCCAGUAGCUCUGUGUUGAUCCUGCACACUGGUGACCGGGUCUAUGUCCAGGUACCUGACGAAGAGAGUAAUGGAAUCUUUGCAGCUGAUAACGUUCACUGUGCUUUCUCUGGCUUUCUUAUUGCUUCUACGUGAACAAAAAAGUGAUGGCAACCCCCCACCAGUAGAAGGGUACAGAGAAACUUUAAAGUCCACAUUUAUUUCAAUAAGAAUUGAGACAAGUGCCUAAGGACUAAAGACUGUAAUUGAAGCCGUUUUGGAUGUGAUUAUAAUUUUUUUUUCAAUUGUCCUGAAAUAUUAAUUUAAAUUUUAAUCAAUGUCAUUUGUGAUUUUGAAGUACAAAUGAAAUUGUAUUUCACACAAAAUGUCUUCUUAGGUGAUUUCGACAAUAA